CAAGGAAGACAGCAGGCACGAGAGAGAACAAAAACACGCCCUUCGCGCGACGCGUCCUGCAUGACCACACGCGACGACGCCGGGGCCGGCCUCGACGCUUGUGCGGAACUAAACGACAGCGACUUGGGCUGGAUGGACGCCCUCGACGGCGUCGGUCUAGAGCCAGCGGCGCCAAAUUGUGAUGAAUACUCGCGACCGCCGCCGGCGAAGAAGAAAAAGCACGCGGCGCGGCGGCCCGCGCGGCCGCUCGCGCCGCCGGGCGUGUCGCUCGCGCCCGAGGAGCGCGCGCGGCUCGAGAAGGAAAGAAACCGAGAGCACGCGCGCAACACGCGCGCGCGCAAGAAGGAGGCCUUGGAGAAGCUGCGGAGGGAGGUCGCGGGUCUGGAGGAGGCGGCCGUGGAGCGCGACGAGUCCGAGCGGCGGGCGCGCCAGAUCGCCAAGAGGCGCCUGGCCGUGCUGCAGUGCGUGUUUCGCAAAAGGGGCGAAGGGGUGCUGGAGAGGGAGGAGUGGGGCAAGUUCCUCACGUCGGAUUUUGAACUGAGGCAGCCGCUGAACCCGCACCAGGCCUGCCGGCCGGCGGACGUGGAGGGGAACAGAAAACUGUCGCGGGGCGUCGACGGCUUCAUCGACGACGUCGCGUCGCUGUCCGUGCUGUUCCGGUCGGUGGGGCGGUCCGCCGAUUUGUCGUACCGCGUCGCCGCGGCCCCCACCUUCGCGUGCUCGGUGCUGCCCCCCGCGCCGACGGUCGUGAACGACGCGGUCUACGGCCACUGGGGCGCGCGCACGACGGACGCGCGCCGGCACGGCGCGCGGGGCGAGGCCGGGAUACGGGGCCUCUUCUGCGCGCGCUUCGCCGAGAGCGGGUGUCGCUUGAGGUCGCUCGAGCUCGUGUACGACGUGAACGCGCUGUCGGAGGACAUCGUGCGAUCCACGGAGACGCCGCUCACGAGGGUGCCCGGCUGCCUCCGCGACGCGACCUUCGACGCGGACCCGGCCGCGCGCGUCGUCACCAAGGCGACGGCGCCGUUCCAGAUCGUCGACUGCAACCGGGCCUGGCUCGAGCUGUGCUCGUUCCCCUCCAAGAGUUCCGUCGUCGGCCGGACGCUGCGCGUCAUCCAGGGCCCGCUCACGGACCGCGAAAGUCUGAAGCGGCUCCACGCGGAGAUCAUUCAGGGCCACGCCACCGACGCGACGCUGCUCAACUACAAAGGCGACGGCGCGACCUUCAUCAACUACCUGCGCGUGUGCCCCAUCUACCCGGACCGGGAUCCGGCCUCCAAGCCCUCGCACUACCUGGGCAUCCUCCGGGAUCUGAUGGCGGACGCGUGCGCCGACGACGCCCGAUUCGGGACCGAAUCGAUGGCGUGCCCGCUCUGCGGCGGCACGGGCCGCGCGCCGGCGGCGCCGGCCGUCUACUCGUAA